AGGAAUACGCCGACCUCCCCACGCUCGGCUUUACACACUUCCAGCCUGCCCAGUUGACCACAGUGGGGAAGCAAGCGUGUCUGUGGCUGCAGGAUUUGGUGUUGGAUGUGAGGAACCUGGAGCGAGCCCGCGAUGAUCUUCGUUUCCGUGGAGUCAAGGGGACCACAGGCACCCAGGCCAGCUUCCUGCAGCUCUUUCAGGGGGACCAUGACAAGGUGGAAGAGCUUGACAAGAUGGUGACAGAGAUGGCUGGCUUUAAGAAAGCCUACCUGGUGACUGAGCACGCUCGCUGGUUUGGGAGUUUCUGUAUCUGCGCAGACAUCCGCCUGCUGGCCAACCUAAAAGAGAUCGAGGAACCUUUUGAGAAGGAGCAGAUUGGUUCCAGUGCUAUGCCCUACAAGAGGAACCCCAUGCGUGCAGAACGCUGCUGUAGCUUGGCCCGACAUCUGAUUGCGUUGAUGGCCGACCCCCUGCAGACUGCCUCAGUCCAGUGGCUGGAGAGGACACUGGAUGACAGUGCCAACAGGUCAGCCAACACAGACACUUACACGGCUGUGAAUUUGGUAUGUCAAUGUUCUCCUCUGUGAAGUAGAUAUCACAACAAUGUAGAAUCGUAUGUCACCCUUUUUAACUGAGUAGUCCAAAAUCAGUGAAAUCCACAGUAAUCUGUCAUACAAAGUCAAGGACAAAAACAAUAUUUGAGAAUCUACUCUUGUUGGGUUCAGUUAGGAUUGUAAGGAGACUGGCAGUGGUAACUCAACUUAAAGAAGGAAUAUCCCUCCACUCAGAAUGAGACACUGACAACAACUUAAAGGGAGAAAAGUGAUUUGAGUGUAUUCAACAUUUAAAUGCUCCAAACAUAGACAUGAACAAAACAUUUAGACCAUUUCAAACAUGUAAAUCUCAACAAUGUACAAUAUAUCACUUAAAGUGUCCAUAAAUGUAUCAGGUAGGCUGUCCAUUUCAGUUCAGUGCACUUAGUAUUCAGUGUUCUUAGUAAGUGUUAAUUGUCUUUAGUCACAGUUUUGCUUUUUUGAUGCAUCAGUUUUUUGUGUUAAGUGGACUCAGAUUUGACCCAAAAAAGAAAAAAGUAACAACAUAAAGUGUCCUGAGAUCUCAGAAAAAACGUUAAUCCAAAAAAAAUUGCAAUCGUUGUAUCCUACCACCCUCCAAGGAAACAGGUGGCCUUCAGAUUGAGAACGUCCUUUCUAGGCACCUCCAGUGGCAUCCAGUCCUUAGAUGGCACCGCUCGGUCCUUGCAGCAGAUUUCUACCAC